CAAAAUGAAGCAGUUGUGAGAGAGCAAUUUGUAAAACCAGUUCGAUGGCACUAACAAAAGUGACGCAUUUACAAAAAUUGUUACCAUUACGCGCGCGAGGGAAAGGGUGGAGAAGUUUUUCUGAUAAAAUAAUUUACUCCAAAGUGAGCAAUGUGGAAGUUCCAAAAUUGUCAAUCGACGACUACGUUUGGAAAGACUUGGAUAAGUGGAGUGACAAAAUUGCUAUGGAAUGCGCCGAAACAGGGCGGAGCUAUUCCUACGCAGAGGUCCACAAAAAAUCCAAAAGGGUAGCAAACUUUUUGACAAAUUGUAAGGGACUAAGCAAAGGUGAUGUAGUUGCAACAAUCCUCCCUAACGUUCCCGAAUACCCGAUGAUCGUACUUGGAGCACUACAAGCAGGUUUGAAAGUAUCACCCUUGAGUCCUGACUUAACAAAAGAUGAAUUAAUUUACUGUUUUGGAAUCUCGAAGCCAAGCAUCAUUUUUACUUUAACCGAUUUAUGGGCGAAGAUUUACCAUGGUAUAAAAGGAACAAACGCACCAAUUGUUGUUAUGAACCACAGAGAGGAAGUAAUGGAUGCCCCUACAGGUGCUAUAAAAUUGAGUGAAGUUUUUGGGAACACCUAUCCAUCACAAAAACGAGUACAUUACUGGAAUGAUGUAAUCUAUCUUCCCUAUUCUAGCGGAACCACGGGAUUAAUGAAGUGCAUAGAAUUGACAAACGCAAACAUUAUGCAUAGUGUACAUAAUUACACUGUGCCAGAAUUCAAUAUGUCAGCACCCACUGAUGACGAGAAUCAGGACGUGUUCUUUGCGAUACUACCGAUGUCCCACAUGUCUGUUUACGCUGUUUUUGUAUAUUUAGCACUGGGGUGCAAAAUAAUUACAGUCCCAAAGUUUACCAGGAAAUCAUUUACAAAUAUUUUACGAAAUAUGAGGCCUACGAUCUGCCACAUGGUACCUCCUUUAGCACAACUAUUAAUUAACGAUCCCUGUAUAACAUCUGAACACUUAGGGAGCUUUAACGCCAUUCUAAUAGGAGGUGCACCAUUGGGAACUCACGACUUGCAGUGUUUAAUCGAGAAAGCUAAUGGAAAGAUUCACGUCCUGCAAGCGUAUGGUAUGACCGAAACAGCGGGACCGUCACAUUUGCAAACACCGCACGUCCCAAGCGGUAUGAAAGCUGGCAGCUGUGGUAUAAACCUCCCUGGAAUAGAAUGCAAAAUUGUAAACGGGGAAGGAGAAAUGCUCGGUAGAAAUGAAAGUGGUACGAUUUAUAUCCGUGGCCCGCAAGUUUUUAAAGGCUACCUCGACAAUCCAGAGGCUACACGGUUGGCGUUGGAUUCGGAAGGAUGGUUAAAUACGGGUGAUUUAGGACACUUCGAUGAAGAUGACCAUAUAUUCAUAACUGACCGAUUGAAAGAAAUGAUAAAGGUAAAAGGGUUCCAAGUCGCACCUGCGGAGCUUGAGAACAUUUUGCGUAGUCAUCCUGACGUUGAUGAUGCUGCAGUUGUAGGAAUACCGCACGAUCGAUUUGGGGAGGUUCCAAAAGCGUUCAUUGUUACUAGAUCGAUAGCUCACAUUAAUCUGAAGAGAAUAGAAGAGUUCGUUGCGAGUAAAGUUUCAAAGCACAAACACUUACUAGGUGGCAUUGUUGUAAUUGAUCAUAUACCAAAAACUCCUUCUGGUAAAAUUUUGCGAAGAAAUCUGAGGGAAUAACGGAACAUUCAACUACGUAAUGUAACAAUUAAAUGUAUACUUGAAGGUGGCGGUGGGAGGCGUUUAAUUUAAUUAAAUCGAAUCAAUAGAAACAUAAUCUAUAGCUACGUUUCUCAUUCUUUUAGUGACAACUGAAUGCGUCGGAAACAGUAGCGUCACCGGCAUUGCUGAAGAAACGUGAUGGAACGAAAUAUGGAGCAUAU